AUGCCAGGAUUUUCUUUAAUACAUCUUCGUUAUCUUGUUAUUGAUGAAGCUGAUAGAAUAAUAGAUAAAUUCAAACAAGAUUGGUUAAAUGUUCUUGAUACUGUUAUUGGUUUAUCAAGUCAUUUAAAAAAUGAUUUUCAACCAUAUAUACUUAGUCAAUCAUCUUCUAAUCAUAAAAUCUAUCAAGAGUUAUUCUUUUCAGCAACAUUAACACAUAAUCCUGAAAUUUUACAACAAUUAAAUCUUUUUCGUCUGAUUGAAAAAUAUUAUUGUAGAAGAGACGAUUUAUCUUUUCGUGAAAAUACUAAUAAUUACGUUGAAUAA